GCAUGCUGAGCCAAGUCAAGAACUACACCCAUUCCAAGCAGACCCCCGUGACCAACCGCCCGAGCGUCUUCCAGUCGCCGGACGAGGACGACGAGGACGACUACGAGCAGUGGCUGGAGAUCAAAAUGCUGUGGUUCUUAGAGGUAAUGUGCCUGUUGGGUGUGUGAAUUGAGCCCCAGUACUGACAGCGUGCUUAAAGUUUUACCCCCAGAGGACAUGAAGACCCGCCGAGUGGUGGAGAAGCUGGCCCGGGUGGUGGCCGAAGGGGGACCGGAUCUGGAGAAGGUCGCGCUGGAAGACUGCAAGGAUAACCCGGCAUUUGCGUUUUUGCACGAUAAGAACAGCAGGGAGUUUCUGUAUUACCGAAAGAAACUGGCCGAGAUGUGGAAGAAGGGCCAAGACGUGGAGGGGACCCCUUUUCAGAAAGUUUCACCCCCAGAGGAUGAAGACACCAAGGACUGUGCUGAGAAGCUGGCCAGGUUCGUGGCGGAUGGGGGCCCCGUAGUGGAAAUGGUCGCCUUGAAGAACCACCGAGAGAACCAGUCCUUCAGGUUUUUGUACGAGCCCAACAGCCCCGGCUACAAAUAUUACCGCCAGAAGCUGGAGGAGUUCCGGAAAGCCAACGAUGACGCCGAGGGCGUGCCUCCGGUGCCAGAGCCCAGCCUGAAGCGCAAAGCCACCCCUGAGGGGGGACCGUGCUCCUCUGCAGCGCCAGCAGCCCCGUUGCCUAAACCGGCGGCGGCGGCAGCUGCUGCCUUGAAGAAGAAGCGGAAAAGCCGGUGGGGCCCCGAAGAGGAGAAGGUCGACCUGCCCCCGCCGGAGCUGGCUCAGACAGAAGACCCCUCGCCCACUCCGUUGUCAGUCCAGGACCUCAAAGGGCUUGGCUAUGAGAAGGGGAAGCCGGUCGGCCUGGUGGGCGUGACGGAGCUCUCCGACGCUCAGAAGAAACAGUUGAAGGAGCAGCAGGAGAUGCAACAGAUGUACGACAUGAUCAUGAAGCACAAGCGGGCCAUGCAGGAGAUGCAGAUCAUGUGGGAGAAGACCGUCAGGGACCACCAGCACGGCUAUGACAGCGACGAGGAGGUGGACUCAGAGCUCGGCACGUGGGAGCACCAGUUGCGGCGCAUGGAGAUGGACAAGACACGGGAGUGGGCCGAGCAGCUGACGCAGAUGGGCCGAGGGAAGCACUUCAUUGGAGACUUCCUUCCGCCGGACGAGCUGGAGAAGUUUAUGGAGACCUUCAAAGCGCUGAAGGAGGGCCGUGAGCCGGACUACUCAGAAUACAAGGAGUUCAAGCUGACUGUGGAAAACAUCGGCUACCAGAUGCUGAUGAAAAUGGGCUGGAAGGAAGGGGACGGUCUCGGGUCCGACGGCCAAGGCAUCAAGAACCCCGUCAACAAGGGAGUGACAGCGGUGGACGGGGCCGGAUUCGGCAUUGACCGUCCCGCUGACCUGACCAAAGAGGACGACGAGUACGAAGCGUUCCGCAAGAGGAUGAUGCUGGCCUACAGGUUCCGGCCCAACCCCCUGAACAACCCCAGACGUCCUUAUUAUUGACGUGGCACUGCCCCU